AGAAGAACACCUGAACAGAUAGUAGAUCAAAGGCGUGCAAAGGACUUUCAACCCACCAUUGAGUCCAGCACAAAGACUAAGGAGGAGAAGCAAUAUGUGGAUUUACAAUGGGCACUAUGGUUCAUGGAGUGUGGUGUAGCCUUUAAUGCAGCAAAUUCAAGGCAAUUUGAAAUUGCCUGUGAGGCAACAGCCCAAUAUGGUUCAGGAUACAAGCCUCCAACUAACCAGCAGCUUGGUGAACCUUUGCUUCAAGAAUGUGUUAAGGUGACAAGUGCCAUGAGGAAGGACCAUGAGCAAGCAUGGAAGCAAUAUGGUUGUACACUAAUGUCAGAUGGAUGGACUGAUAUGAGAGGACGUCACUUGAUUAAUUUCCUUGUGAACAGCCCUGAGGGAACGUAUUUUCUAGAGUCAGUUGAUGCAUCAAAUCAAGUCCAUAGUGCAACAAUGCUUGUUGAUUUGCUACAGGAGAAGAUUGAGGACAUUGGAAAGGACAAUGUUGUUCAAAUUGUGACCGACAAUGGUGCUAACUACAAGGCUGUUGGUAAGAUCUUGAUGGAUAGAAUUCCCACACUGUUUUGGAGUCCUUGUGCUGCACAUUGUUUGGAUCUGAUGUUGGAAGAAAUUGGGAACCUGAAGGCAUUCAAGAAACCUAUUGCACGUGCUAGGCGUGUCACCACAUUCAUUUAUAGGCAUGGGAGGCUUCUUAGUGCAAUGAGGGCUCAAACAGGUGGGACUGAUCUUGUUAGGGCAGCAAAGACUCGAUUUGCCACAUCAUUUCUGACAUUGAAGAGUUUGUACAAGAACAAGGAUGCCUUGAAGAGCUUGUUUGUUAGUGAAACAUGGACUGGGAACAACUUGUGUACAACUGCAGCAGGUCAACAAGUGCAAGACAUUGUGCUAUCUACUGAGUUUUGGAACUCAGUAGAAGAUUGCCUAAGAGCUUCAGCACCACUGUUAAUUGUUUUGAGGGCUGUUGAUGGUGAUGAGAAGCCUGCAAUGCCAGAGGUCACAGCUCUGAUGAAUCAUGCAAAAGAGAGGAUAAAGCAAAGCUUCAAUAUACAAACCAAGCAGGGCCUGCUCAAGAAAAUUAUGGACAUUAUUGAGAAGCGUUGGGUGAACCAAAUGGAUCAUCCACUGUAUGGGGCUGCACUAUAUUUGAACCCAGGAAAAUUUUUUCCUCUUCUAAAAGCUAAUGACGAUGCCACUGUUGGGCAGUUAAGAGGCUGUUUUAUUGAAGUGCUUGGAAGAAUGAUACCAGAUGUGGAAACACAAAUGAAGAUCAAUAGGCAGGCCAUGGAGUAUGAAGAGCAACGUGGUGAUGCCUUCUCAAACAAAAUGGCAAAGGAAAGCUAUGACAAAAUGAGUCCUCGUAAGUGCUGUUAAUCUCAGCUUGCAAAUUUCAGCAACUUAAUUGCAUUCCAAACUCCUAAUAUGUGUUGUACUUUUCAUCCAGUUGAUUGGUGGCGUUCUUAUGGUGGCCGAGCCAUUGAACUACAAAGACUUGAUAAGCGCAUAGUUAGUCUUUGUGCUUCAUCAUCCGGUUGUGAGAGGUGCUGGAGUACCUUCAGUCA